AUGCUACGUGUGUGUCACGUGGCCACGAUGACCUGCAAGCUCCUAAGUCAUCUCUGCCAUACCACUCCCCUUUGCGAGCCACAGCCAUGUCACUCGUCGGCCAGGCUCUUCCCUGUAUUCAUCUCAUGCCACCCAUUAAUCAAAUGCCUGCCUCCAUAUGUGCCAACCAACUGA